CACAUCAAAAAUCCCGAUGCAGUGAAAAGGAAGCUUACUCGCAUAAUUGCACUGGGUAAGAACAACCUUCAGGUGAUAUCUGACUUUGACUGGACUAUGUCGAAGUUCUAUAACAAAGGCGACCGUACCCCCUCCUGUCACGGAAUCUUUGAGGAGGCUCCCAAUGUGACACCGGAAAUACAGAACCAGAUACGUAUUAUACGGCAGACCUAUGAACCGAUUGAAUGGGAUCCGACUAUUCCAAUUUCCAUGAAGAUUCCCCUCAUGGUGGAGUGGUUGGAUUUAACGCACAAAGCGAUCGCCUCGUCCGGUAUGCAUAAAGAUGCACUUAAAGCAAGUGUAAACCAGUGGAACAUCGCCUUAAGGUAUGUCUGCAUUUUCUAG